AUCACCAUCUCGAAGCUGUAGGUGAGCAUGUCAGAUUAUCUCUGGACCAGCGCUAAAUAAACAAAAUUUAAAUAUUUUAAUACUCGGCCGCUUUGACUAUUGCCUUCCUCCGACCACAAAUCUGGAACGACGCUUCCACCACCGUUUCAAAUAAAUAUCAUCCAAGGAUUCGGAGGCUCAACAUAACGCUGCCAUGAAGAAAUUCCUUCUCUUACUCAACUGCUUCCUAUUAGCUGUCGGCAACUGCGGCGGCCCACUAAUAAUGAGGCUUUACUUUAUCCACGGCGGCAAGCGAGUGUGGCUCUCCAGCUGGCUCGAAACCGGCGGCUGGCCAAUCAUUCUCCUUCCCCUCACCGCCACAUACUUUCACCGCCGUAGCACCCAAGGCCCGAGAGCCAAACUCUUCUUCAUGAAGCCGCCUUUGUUCGUUGCCUCCGCAGUCAUAGGAAUCCUCACCGGCUUCGACGACUACCUCUACGCCUACGGCGUGGCGCGCCUUCCCGUUUCAACCUCUUCUUUAAUCAUCGCCUCCCAGCUUGCUUUCACUGCAGGGUUUGCUUUCCUGUUGGUGAGGCAAAAGUUCACCUCGUAUUCGAUCAACGCGGUGGUUUUGCUGACAAUUGGAGCGGGUGUUCUUGCUUUACACACGAGUAACGACCGCCCAGAGGGCGAAUCAAAUAAGCAGUAUUUUGUCGGGUUUCUCAUGACGCUAGGAGCCUCCGCGCUUUAUGGGUUUCUCUUGCCGUUGAUUGAGUUGACAUAUAAGAAGGCCAAGCAGGAAGUUACGUAUUCUCUGGUUAUGGAAGUUCAGAUAGUGAUGUCUUUGUUUGCAACUCUUCUCUGCACAAUAGGCAUGCUGAUUAACAAGGACUUCAAGGCAAUUCCAAGAGAGGCGAGGGAAUUCGAGCUCGGGGAAACAAAGUACUAUGUGGUGCUAGCAUGGAGCGCGAUUAUUUGGCAGACUUUCUUCUUGGGAGCGAUAGGAAUAAUUUUCUGCGCCUCGUCUUUGCUAUCUGCUGUAGUAAUUGCUGUUCUACUCCCAGUAACAGAGGUUCUAGCUGUUAUUUUCUACCAAGAGAAGUUUCAGGCAGAGAAAGGAGUUGCUCUGGCGCUUUCUCUUUGGGGCUUUACUUCUUACUUUUAUGGAGAGGUAAAACAGAGCAAGAAUAAGAAGCCAACCCCAGAGACAGAAAUGCCUCAAAUUCUCAGUCCAUUACACAACGGAAGUGAUAUUUCUUGAUUUUUCCAAGUGGGGGUAUAUGUGAAGUUUCAUUUUAGCUUUAUAUAUUUUGAAAAUAAAUCAGGGGGUACGAUUGUAAUCUAAUCUCAUAAUUAAGAAACAUAAUUUAGUUGUUGUGGUUUCUCAUUGAAAUAGUAAAUUCGAACAUAUCAUCCUACCUUGGAGGUUCCAUAAGCUGUCAUUUCUGUCCUCAUGCUUCCAUGCUUCUCUAUCUCCCGGCCAGCUCAUCAUGUUUCUCUAUGAAGGCCUUUCAAGAGUUUUGCUUUAGUUAACGUAUUUUACUGGGAUCGAGAUCUACUUAAAUUUUUAGGAAAAUUGUAGUUUUUAAAAUUUUAGAUU